ACUAUCUUUCACAACGCAUUCAAAUUCCAAAUUAAAAUCAAAGCUCUGUCUUACUCUUUCUUCACUCUUCUCUUUUUUUAUGAUCGAUUCAUCCCUAACACCCCCAUGGUAGAUAGUGGUUUUGGUGGUGGUCGUGAUUCUGGGAUGAGCUUGGAGACUGUGAAUUCUGCACAGAGAACGUCCAUGAGCAGUGACAGCAUCUGUAGCACCAGCUUCAGCCGUCUCUCCUUCGACCUCCUACCUACCUCACCGGAGAGCCUCUCCAUCAAGCCACACCGCUCCUCUGACUUUGCAUACUCCGCCAUCCGCUCCGCCACCUUCCGCCGCAAGUCUGGUCUCACCUUCCGCGACUUUCACCUCCUCCGCCGUAUAGGCGCUGGUGACAUCGGCACCGUCUACCUCUGCCGCCUCCGUGACUCAGCCGCCGCCUCCGAUGAGUUCCCCUCCGGUGAGUACGACAACUCCAACAGCAACGGCGACGAUGAACCCGCCGGGUGCUUCUACGCGAUGAAGGUGGUGGACAAAGAGGCGGUGGCGAUGAAGAACAAGUCGCAGAGGGCCGAAAUGGAGAGGAAGAUUCUAAAGAUGUUGGACCAUCCGUUCCUUCCUACCCUAUAUGCGGAGUUUGAAGCGUCUCAUUUUUCUUGCAUUGUGAUGGAGUUUUGUCCCGGCGGCGACCUCCACUCCCUCCGCUACAAGCAACCACAAAAACGGUUCCCUCUCUCCUCCGCAAGGUUUUACGCUGCGGAGGUACUGGUUGCUUUGGAAUACCUGCACAUGCUUGGAAUCAUCUACAGGGAUCUAAAGCCCGAAAACGUGUUGGUCAGAUCAGACGGUCACAUCAUGCUCUCCGAUUUCGAUCUCUCCCUUUGUUCCGAUGCAAUCCCAGCUGUUGAAUCCUCUGACUAUUCCCCUGACUCAGAAAAUACAUUCCCCCUACCAUACACAAACACACGCACUUACUCAGCAACGCCACUAUUCUCCUGUCUCUCUAACCGCGUCUUCCGAUCCAGGAAAGUUCAGACGCUCAACCCCAAGCGCCUCUUCGUGGCAGAGCCCGUCGGAGCACGCUCCUGCUCCUUCGUCGGAACUCACGAGUACGUGUCGCCAGAGGUUGCCUCCGGGAACUCCCACGGAAAUGCCGUUGACUGGUGGUCUUUCGGGAUAUUCGUAUACGAGCUCGUGUAUGGUCGCACGCCGUUUGCUGGUCCAUCCAACGAUGUGACACUGCGCAACAUCAUAAAGAAGCCGUUGGCGUUUCCCACAGCCACGCCCUGUAGCACGCUUGAGCACCACGCCCGGGACCUCAUAAGUGGCUUGCUCCACAAGGACCCCACUCGAAGACUCGGGUCCAGGCGGGGCGCUGCUGACGUCAAAAAGCACCCCUUCUUCAGCGGGAUCAACCUGGCGCUCAUCAGGAUGCUCACUCCGCCGGAGAUUCCCUAUCUCAGGAGGCAAAAAACGAUGCCUUCUUCGUUGCUCUCUACUACUACUAAAGGUCACAACACCAUAAUGAGUAAUAAGCAGCUGCAAACAACGGCGUCGUUUGAUUGCUUUUGAAAGAGAAAAGUGAGAGAAAAUAUUCCGACGAUGGCCGAGUUUUGCGCCACGUGUUAAGUCGGUGACCCCUCAGGUUUUAUAGCUGGUGGGGUGACGUAUGUGUAUAUUAAGUUGUCUUUUUUUUUUUUCCUUUUUGUAUC